AUGAGACAGCGUCGUUCAUCUAAUCUUGGUCUGCAAUGCAAUGUUAAUCGACACCAAUCGACGGAUUUUUCUUCUACAUUUAUAGUCUUUCAUAUCUGCCAGGAGAACGCUGUACCAAGAAGUAAUUUCAUAAUGCGUCAAAAACCACUGCAGUAUCUGAGAAGUAAGCAUAGAAAGAUAGUUGGAGUGCACGAACAAUUGAAAUGCAGUUGCCGUGUGGAACUCUAUGCUCGCCAAUAUCUUCUAUUGCAAAGACGCGACAAUCUAAUAAGCUACAAUAAUACCAUACUACUGGAGAAAAAUGAAUAUAAAGGUGAACUGACACGUGGCAAGAAACUUAUCGCCUUAUUCAAUGAAGCCGCUGACAUGUGGCUGAAAGAACUGGAACGGUUCUACGGAUUCGCAGGAGUGUUUGGAUGCGGUUUCCGUUUCACAAACCCUCUCGGUUUUGUGUGUCUAUUUGGUUAA